GCACCCAGUCUCAGACAAACCUCUCUCAAAGCAACACAACAAAGACGCUCCUGCACAUUUUCAGAGUGAAGUGUUGUUACAAAAAUCAUGUAAAAACCCUGAAACGUUUUAAACUUUUGAAGAAAUGGAGAAAUUUCUGCCAAUUGUGUUCCUCCUUGUGCUGGUGGUUGUAAGUGCCCAAGGAAAUUUCAAUUUUUGGAUGAAUGGAGACGAAGUUAAACGGAUUUUGGGUCUCACAAAGGAAUUGUACUAUGUUCGAGAAGGAGUUCCAAACACGUACGCGCUCAAUUUCGUCGUCCCUCUGAAGGUGAACGUAACCGAGUUGAAGUUCAGUUGGGACGGGGUGCCAAGUCCGGUAGGGGGGAAGAGGGGGCCGGCCUACACCUUAUCAACGACUACGUCUUCCUCAACAAUCCUCCCAAUCCCCACCCCCUCAAUUCCACUCACCGGAUUUAUUCCCACCACACCCACCACAUUUUCAAUCUAUAUCCCAUGUAGCGGGUUAAAAACUGCCGAAGUUAUAUUGGAGCUUGCAAUCAACGUUACCACUGCAACGGACCCCAGCCAAAUUACCAGUAUUUUGUUAAAGAGGAAGAAAAUAUGUUUGGAGGGAGUGAAGGAAACCGCCCCAAAAGUUCCCACUUCUACAAAACGCCAGAAGAAACCACACCCACAGAAAACCUCAAUUUCCAUGGUGGAUGAACACAAAAUGGAGAAUUUUACCGAACCAGGUCUAAUAUACUUGAUAGUCGGCUGUGUCAUUGGCGUCGGCGUGGUUUUCGUAGUGGUUUUGGGGAUGGCAUGGAUUCGAAAAUGUGGGACGAAUCAGAAAAAUCACAUCAUUGUUGGUACCUCGACAACAACCACAACAACGAAAUCGUCCAACACUUCAACAUCAAGUUUGUACAAGGAGGAUCACGUUUAUUCCAGUGUCGGAAUGGCCACCGUAAUUCCAGACUAUGUCAACUGUCUGGACUAUUAUAGAACUGACAAUUAUGGAAAUUCCAAAAUUGUUCCGAGGCACAAAAUUCGACUCCAAACGCUUAUCCAAGAAGGAACGUACGGUCUCGUUUACAAAGCGACUAUCCAAGGAAACAAUUCUGAAAAACCAAUCCUCGUAAAAACCGUGAUGGAAGCGACACCUUCUCAUUUGCAGAAAUCAUUACUCCUCGCAGGAUUUUCUACGCAGAAACAACAUCCCAACAUUCUCCAUCUCAUCGCUACCACGCCACCGGUCGAGAUGGGGACAGAAUUUGUAAUUUACGAUUUACCAGAGUUUAAUUGGUGGAAUUUGAAAUCGUUCCUGUGGAACCUGGACAAUUUGGAGGGGUUAGAUUUUCUGGGGCUGGGUUUGGGUGUGGUAGAUGGGUUGACCUUUCUCCAUGGGGAGGGUGUCGUUCAUGGAGAUUUGGGGGCAAGAUGUGUCGGGGUUGUAAAUUGUGGUGGCGUUUUGGUGGCAAAAUUAUCGGAUGGGAGUCUCGCAAAGGAUUUGUUUCCAGAAGAUUAUUGCCAUGACAACUGUGGAGAUUUGAGAGCAUUACGAUGGGUUGGACCGGAAGGCAUUUUGCAGGAAAGGAAUAGUAUUAGUGGUGACGUGUGGUCACUGGGAAUAUUAUUCUGGGAAAUGUACACCUCUUCAAAAAUUCAGCCGUACUCGGAAGUUUCGAUUACAGAAUUGUUCUCUUAUCUUCAGGCUGGGUUUCGCCUUCCCCAGCCAGAAAAUUGCGAAGAUGGUGUGUGGGGAGCCGUUAUAGAUAAUUGUUGGGGGUGGGCUUGUGAUGGGAGGAACUUGUCGGGGCUCAGAGAUGGUCUGGUGAAGAUUUUAAUGAGGCGGAUAGUAUAGGUCUUAAAUGUGUACAUAUGUUUCCAUGCAAUAAGAUCACCAUACAACAAUCUUGUGUAGUUUAUCGUGUAAAUUGUUAAGUUGUGUUUUAUACGGAAUAUUUUCAUACGGUAAAAUAAAUACUAAUCAGUGUGAAGUCGAUAA